AUGUCAGAUAGCCGCGUGUUUAAGCUCAAUACAGGUGCAAACAUUCCAGCAAUCGGGUUAGGUACUUGGCGAUCCAAGCCAGAAGAAGUCUAUGAUGCCGUCAAGACAGCAAUUGAGGCUGGCUAUAGACACAUUGACGCAGCAUUUGUUUAUGGCAAUGAACAGCAAGUAGGCCAAGCUAUUAAAGACAGCAAUGUUCCUCGCGAAGAGCUGUUUAUUACUACAAAAUUGUGGAAUACUUGCCAUCGCCCUGAGCUUGUUCAGGCGGCAUUUGAGAGAUCACUCAAAAAUUUGCAAUUGGAAUAUCUCGACCUGUACUUGAUGCAUUGGCCAGUUUCAUUUCAGCCUGCUGAUGUGAAGCAACCUCGAGGUGAAGACGGUGUCAUUCUAUUAGAUGACACUCAUUUCACUACUACAUAUGCUGAAAUGGAGAAAUUGCUUGGGAGCAGACUCAGAGCCAUUGGUGUGAGUAACUUUGACAUUCCGCAUUUGGAGAAGCUAGCAACUACCGCUAAAGUUUCUCCUGCAGUAAACCAAGUUGAAUUGCACCCUUAUCUGCCGCAACAAGAAUUAGUUGAUUACUGUCAAAAGCAUCAAAUUUUAUUGUGUGCCUAUUCACCCCUAGGAAGCAGUGAUUCUCCCUUAAUGAAGGAUGAAGCCAUUAUUGCCAUUGCCGACAAGUACAAUGCUACAGCCGCACAAAUUUUGAUUUCAUGGGGCAUUGAGAGAGGCUAUGCUGUAUUGCCCAAAUCAGUGACUCCAUCCAGAAUUAUAUCUAAUCUGAAGGAUGUUCGACUGGAGUCUCAGGACUUUGAACGCAUCAACAAAUUGAUAGAAAAUCAACCUACUCGUAGACUAGGCGAUCCCUAUAUUUCUUGGGAUGUCGAUGUAUUUGGCCUUCAUCCAGGAGAAGAAAAGGUUAAAUAUAGCAUCUAG